AUGUCUGCACGGUCGCGGUACAAAUCACGAAUUCGCGGCGCCAUUGGACAAGAGAAUGAAUUUGUCUUCAUAAACGGCAAUUUUGUAGUAGACAUCGAUGAUAAUCCAUGUGAGAUGAGCAAUUCACUUAUUUCGUACACCGUCAACGAAUCUUCAUUUGUUUUCCGGGUAAGGUACUCGCUAACAUCGGGGCGUUUAUCACUCUCCUUCCACAGCCCUGCAAAUGCUGCUACAGCAAAGUGGAGGUGA